UUUAUCUUCUCCUCCAUAUUAGAUGGAAAAACGUUACAAUAUAUGACUUCUUUUUCUCAUGUGUGACUAAGACCAUUUCUCUAGCACAUUAUUAGCUACACAGCCUUAUGCAUAUAUAUUAAUACAUUAAUAUAUAUAAAUUACACAUACUUUUUUAUAAUCCUUGUUCUUCACUCUAUUCACUUCAUUAUAUUUUCCUUCACCAUUUCACCCACAAAAAACUCAUCAUAAUAACCACAAUGUCUAAAUUGAAAUCUUCUUCAUCAUCUUCAAUGUUACUUCCACUUCUUAUAUCUUUUCUUCUCCUCAUUGUUCCAACAUUCUCAACAUCAAGAAAAGUUCUUGAUGAGAAUCACCAUGAAGGAAUCAUCAGAGUCAACCUUCGCCAUGUUGACUCCGGCAAGAACCUAACCAAGCUGGAGCGUGUCCAACACGGCAUGAAGCGCGCCAAGAGCCGCCUCCAGUGGCUCAACGCAAUGGUAACAAAAAAACAAUCCCAAUUCUCUAAAAGCGAAGAACUAGAUUCAGAUUCAGAAUCAUCUGAAUCUAGUUCUUCGCAAAUCCAGUCUCCAAUACACGUGGGAAACGGGGAGUACCUAAUGGAACUAGCCAUAGGUACUCCUCCAAAGUCGUAUCCCGCGAUAUUGGACACUGGUAGCGACCUCAUAUGGACACAAUGCCAGCCUUGUUCCCAAUGUUACAAGCAACCAACACCUAUCUUCGACCCCAAGAAAUCUUCGAGUUUCUCGAAGCUUUCUUGCGGAAGCAAUCUAUGCAACGUUCUACCUUCCUCCAGCUGUAGCAGCGGCGGUGGCGGCGACAGCGACGGCUGCCAGUAUAUGUACUCAUACGGCGAUUAUUCCGUCACACAAGGCGUUUUAGCAACGGAGACUUUUACUUUUGGCAGUUCUAAGAUUAAAAGCAUUGGAUUUGGAUGCGGCGAAGAUAACCAAGGAAGUGGAUUCGAACAAGCUUCCGGUUUAGUCGGACUAGGCCGGGGGCCAUUAUCGCUUGUUUCGCAGCUCAAAGAGCCGAAAUUUUCGUAUUGCUUACAAUCCAUCGAUGACAGAAAAAACAGUGUUCUUUUGUUAGGAUCAUUGCCGAAAACGAAAAACGCGAAAGGAGCUGUAACGACACCGUUGCUUAAGAAUCCGAUGCAGCCUUCGUUUUACUUCCUUGAUCUGCAAGGAAUCUCGGUUGGUGGAACUCAAUUGAGCAUUGAGGAAUCGACGUUUGAACUCGGCGAUAACGGAAGUGGUGGCAUGAUCAUUGAUUCAGGGACAACAAUUACAUACAUUGAAGAAAAUGCUUUUGAUGCAUUGAAGAAGGAGUUUGUUUCACAAAUGGAUUUGCCAGUGGAUAAUUCGGGAUCAACAGGGCUUGAUGUAUGCUUCAGUUUGGAGUCUGCUUCGGGUCGAAUCGAGGUUCCGAAACUUGUUUUUCACUUCGGAGGUGGGGAUUUAGAGCUUCCUGCUGAGAAUUACAUGAUUGGUGAUGUGAAUUUGGGUGUGGCGUGUUUGGCUAUGGGUAGUUCUUCUACUGGCAUGUCAAUAUUUGGAAAUGUUCAACAGCAGAAUUUGUUGGUGAAUCAUGAUCUUCAGAAGGAGACUAUUACUUUUGUUCCUACACAGUGUGAUCAGGUUUAAGAGUCUUGUAAUUUGUCACCAACUAUGGAAUGUUGUUGCUGUUUCUUGAUGAUGAUACUUGUUUUGAUUAUUAUUGCUUUCUUUCUUCUUCUGUGUUAUUGUUGUUGCCUCAAAGAAAUUAUUGUUGUUGUUAUCACUAUUGAAUUUCUUAAUUGUUUUAAUGAUCUUAGCAUUUUCAUGAUUCUACAUAAUUCAA